AUGGAUAUAUUGGUUGGGGUAUUGAUAGCCGCUUGCGAUACCAAUAAUACCUUACCUGAGGAUCAUCUCAAGAUUGUUGACGAACUCAUAUAUGACGGAUGUGUUCGCGAAUCCAUGAAUAUUACAGAAUUGACUCAACCAUUCAUUUGUUACCGUUUUCUUAAAGGCAGUGAACAGUUGACCGACUGUAUGUUGAAAUGGGAGUGGAGGGCAUCAUUCGUAGGUGUGGAGGUGCCACUCAUUAGAGACAGGAUACUUAACAAAUAUGCCGUCUGUAUGAAACCAAUAGUACCGCCAGAAGAGGAAGACACGGAAGAAUAGAUGUAAUCGAUUCCUUUCAACACAAUUGCUAUGUCUGAUUGUCGUAAAUUAACCUGGUUAAUACGAUCAGAGCAUUCAACUUGUUAUAAAUAUGCCAAAUAUUUAUUGUUAUAUACAUUAACAAUAAUAAUGAAGAC